UCUCAAAUUGUAAUGAUCGCUAGCAAAUUUUGUGUGUUCAUUGAUUAAGUGGUAAAAUGUAUCUGUUUUAACCACUAAAAUAACAUUUAUUUUAUGCUUGUGUUUGUUGAAUAGUGAUUUGUUGGUUAGUAUACUUCUUUGUAAGGCAAGAAAUGCCAACUAGGUACACAAUAAUGUUAUGUACCGCUUGAUAGGGUUUUACAUUGAAUCUUACAGAAUAAUUUAGUCACUAAUCCAAACCCUGUUCUAAGUGUUAUUCUACUCAUGUAUAUUAUUGCACAACUGACACUGAUAAUAACGUUAUUUACUGAAUAAUAAUGUCAUACACUAGAAUGAUACCAUUGUCACAGGUGUCUGAGAAAAGAGCCGAUACACUUGUCGAUCUAUAGACCUACCAAACUAUCUGAAUGCUAAAUUAUUAGAAAAGUCUGCUAGCAUCUUGCUAACCCCACUACAUGAAUGCCUCAGUAGCCGUAAAGCAUAUAUGUCAACCCAAUACUAUUUUGGAACGCUAUUGCUUUUAUUCGGUAUUAUUCAAUUUUACUUUCUCCUUUUAACUCUCUUAUCGUCGGAAUUCAACAGAUUGUUCUGAAAAAGUGUAUUAGGCUUCUAACUUGGUUAACGACAUCAAACUUACAUAUUAUCCAAUCUUAUUUUAAUAGAAUGUAAUUCAGUGUCAAAGUUAUUUACUGGUUGUCGAAAUCGAUAUGUAUACCUUGCUGAGCCUGUCUCUUAAGUCAAAACAAUGACGAGUCAUAGAAGUUUAUCGACUCUUCCGUGUAUGUUUGUAACUCCAUAACUACCAGUUGAAUCAGAUUGAUUAGAUUACACUUGACAUAGCACGACCAAAUAAUCGUAGCUAUGAACAUACGUAAAAUGUAACCAUGAAGUUGGGAAUUCUUGAUCGUGCUUUGCUUUCAUUCUCUACUGCUCCAUCAUUUUGGAAGGAAUUUGGUCCCAACGACGUGUUCACAUAGUGAAGUAUAUUGUCCUAUGAGCUCAUCAUAUAAUGUAGUAUUGUAUCAUUGUCUUGGAUAUAUAUAUAUAUAUAUAUAUAUAUCAAAACGGUGUUUAUACUACACAUUACUUUACAACUCAAUAUCCUACAGGAAAAAUUUCAACAACAACCAAUUUAUGACAUAUGUCUGAAUAAAAGUUAUUUGAAUAAGGUUGUAGUGCGUGUUCCAUCUCCGUCAAUGAUCACAGCUUAUGUUAGCCUUAUGGUCUUAUUUUUGUUUUCAUUUCUUUUCAUCCGAAUUAAUCGUCCAAGCAAAAUAAUUAAAAUCUUUAGUGAAUGCUUCUGUCUCUUUUCCUAUCUAAAUCUACCGUAAUCUUAUAUUGUUUGAUAUGAUACCAUUGUGUAUUGAGUUUUUCUUUCAAUAGUAAUAAACUACUUACGUAUAUUCAAUCUUUAUCAGUUUCAGGAUUGAGUAUACAAUAUCAUUUCCAUUCACUAUAAUGCAGUUGAAUAUUAGCCUUAUUUUAAUACAGUAAAUAAUCGUACAUAGUAAUCAUAUUUGAUAAUUGGUUGUAAACGGUGUCGAACAAAUAUGGCUGAAGUAAGUUCUUGUACGUGUAGUUUGUCACCUUAGUACAAUAUCUCUCAGAAUAAAUAUGACUUAUUUGGUUAUAGUUACAAUUUGUGUCUGGUUAAGUAGUAACUCAGUUCCAAUGUAUGAUUUUCUUAAAAUGUCUCUUUAGCUCAACCUCUAAUCCAUUCCAAGAAAAUUUUUAUUCCAAUAUCCUAUCAACUUCUAAUUCAAAUCCUAAUAAUAUCCAUAGGACAAAUACAGAAAUCCAUUGGGUAGCUAGUCUACCUACUAUUUCAUCCAUUGCCAAUGGGUUAAAACAAGCUGUUGCAGAUCGUAGAUGCGGUUCCACAGAUUUCUGUUCAAAUUUAGACUCACUUUCUUCAGAAUCACGCUUUACAAAUUCAGUUUAUCCUCACGAUAGUAUGGGAUCUCAUAGAAUAUCAGAAACUGUUUUGACAUCAACUGAAAAUAUUUUAUGUAAUAAUGAUAAUAACGACCCAGUUCACUGUAGAUUAUCACAGAAAUUACCAAUUUUAACCCCGUGUAAUCCUGAACAACAGGCUUCUGAUAUUCUUGUUCAUUAUGCUAUUCAAGAGAAUCACAAUACUGUUCCGAUGAAUGGUUCAUGCAGUGAAGGUAUUGGUGAUGACUUGGUAGCAUCAUCAUCUAGUUCAAGAUUGUGUGCCAAUGAUUCAUCUGAUUUUGGGAUAAGAAAUGCUCUCAAUGAACUAUAUUCUUCCGCUCGUCCAACUCUACCUAAUGUCGGGGAGUGUAGAAUUUUAACUCCUGUUUUAUCAUCAAUUCCUGAGUCAACAUCAACUGAUGGUAAUCCAUGUAAUGAAAGUACACAAAAGACUCCUGCUCAUAUUUUUGUUAGCUGUCAGUCGACUACACCUCGAGAUAAUUCAAAUCACCUCUUAGAUAACCAUUUGAACCCAACUUCGAUCGCUAGUCAGUCACCUGGCUCUUCAGGUAUUCAUAACAGCGACAGCAUGUUAAACAGAAAUGAUAUCUGUCUAUCGCGUCCACCGGAGUCUCAUACCAAUGGAAAUUUACGCAGUCAACAGUUCGAGGAAAUGUAUUGUACACUUGGUAACCAGUUUUCUGAUAAGUCAUUAUUACUCCAAUCAAACAAUAGAUUUACAACAACCAGUCAUUUAAUCUCAUUUACUAAUCCUGUAUGUGAUUCCUUUCUGGAUGCUCAUAUGUUACAAAGUUUGAGGUCACCUGGAAUACCGAGCACUGAUAUAAAGCAAGGUUCUGUUAAUUCUGUGUUUAAUCUCACACCAAUCCCUUCAUUUUUAUCCGAUGAAAGUAAUGGUGAUCUUGAUCAGAGAAAUAAUUAUUUUCAGCAGUUGUCAAAUUCUAAGUCAGAUACAAUUGAUAUGACUUCAUUUACUGCAGUAACCAGUUGUUUAAAUCCCUUUUCUGCUGAACCAUUAUCAUUAGUCACUCAUUCAAACUGUCUCAAAAAAUCUAGACGUCAUGGUGCAGGGAAUAAAAAGUCACGUAUGAAUGCUUUGAAUACUAAUUCUGGAUUACCAGUUGUUUGCGAUAGUAGUACAGACAUAAUACCGACCCAAGGUAUGUUCAAUGAUCCAAGUAAAAACAGUGUAAAGCGAUCACGUAACUUAACGGGACGUGGAAGCUCAGAUGUGACUGCUAAAAUUCCUUCUAGUGUUUAUAAUAGUGAGAAUUAUUCAACUGCAAAUCAACAGGCAUAUCGUGGAGAUUCUAAUAAGUGUUUUAGCGGUAAAGUUGAAUCUUUGGCUAUUGAUGAUGCGGAUGAUAGUAGUGAUCAUUCAGAAUCAAUUAGCACAGGAACUAGUCAUGCUGUUAGGGAUAACACUCCAGUUUCUCCUUUAAAUGAAUUCGAACAGCAUCAUUUAAAAUUGGAAAGAAAGCGUGCUCGUAAUCGUGUUGCUGCACGUCGUUGUCGUGAACGUAAAAUAUCACUUAUCAGAUCGUUAGAAAAUCAAGUAGCUGAACGUGAUGCCCAAGUAAGAAAUUUAGAGAAUACAGUAGCUCGGUAUAGAGCUGAAGGUGAACAAUUAAGAUUACAUGUAGAAAUGCUAGCUAAUUCAUAUCCUAGUUUAAAAGCUGAGUUAUAUCAGUUCCCUUUUCUUUUCCAACCAUUAUCGUCGCAUGCACAACCACCACCGCCUCAACAACAACAGCAACAACAAACUUCUAAUCAAACUACUCCAUUAAAAUCAGAACUUCCAGAUACAUCAUCGUCAAAGCAUUUCACUUGAAAAGGUCGAAUAAUUAUAACUAAAAAUACCAUUGAUAUAUUUUUAUUGUUUCCUUGACACAUAGUUGUAAGAAUUUCUUUUUUUCUCCGCUUGUUUGUUUUUGUUACGAUAUUUUAGUCUACAAGCCAUAUUUUCUCACUUUUCGUUUUUGUCAUAAUGAUUUCUAUAUUUUUUGAUUUUUUUUUAAGAAACAAAGCUCUUUUUAGGUUUUAAUGAUGAACGGACCAUAUGUAUACAUACGUACAUCAUACUUUUCUAUAAAUCAUUUCACAUUUCCUUUCUGUCCUAUGUUUAUUAUCUCCUAGUUGUGUUUGGAAAAUUAUACGUAGUUUUCAGUCUGGUUUUUCGUCUGUUCUAACGUAUUUAAUUCAUAUGAUCUUACGUUUAUUAUACUAUCUCAUAAUCGUGUAACAAUUAGGAAUGACCUACUUUACCGGUUAUUAUGUAAUUAUCAUUAUCUUCCAUUCGGUUAAGACCAUAAUUGAUAUUCUGAUGUUGAUAAAUGGAAUCAGCGUCAAUUUGUGCGCCUUUUUUUAAAGUUUUUUUUAAAAAUUUUUAUAUCACUAAUGUUACUAUUAGUAUUAUUACAUCGGACUGGGAAAUGUUUUUCCUAACAGAUUAGAAUUGUUUCACAGGUAUUAUUUUCGAAAAAUCAAUUUUGAUUACAAAAUGUUCAUUCUCUUUUUGCUUUGAUGGUUUUCUACACUUGACAGUUUUUAAUUGUUACAUAUUCAUUGUAUUGCCUAUCACUAAAUAAGGUAAGUUGGCUGCUCAUAUUUUGUUUUUGUUAAAAGUUGGGAAGAAAAACAUUGUCACUUUACGUAUUAAGUCCAGUUGUUGUAUUUCUGAUCAUUUCUUUUAUAUAUACACAUUUUCUGUCUAUAUAUGUUUUAUGAAAUAUGCACAUAUAUUGCCUUUAUUAUAUAAGUCAUUGUAAGCCAAAUGCUAUAUAUAUAUAUGGUAGCCUCUUUUAUUCCCUGGAGGUUCCAUCCAACCCGGUUUAAAGAAUACACACAUUUCAUAUAUACAUUAUUACCAACAUAAAUAUAAUAGAUAAAUCUGCAAAUGUAUAUGAAUGGUUGGUGUUCUUUUAGAAUUUUCCAUAUGCCUUUUUUUCGUUUUUCUGAUGUUGCUUAUGUUUGAAUAUGCAGUAUUAAUGAUUAAACUAUUUUAUACUUGUACCAUUAUUCUCUAUAUACGUUCAAUCCUGUUUUCUAUGAACUCUGAUUUUGUUGAUGUGGAACAAUUUUCUUCGUGCUCCAUAGUUUGUUACUCAUCCUAUUAUACUUAAAUAUAAGUGUAAUGUGCCUUCUAUGUUGCUGCAAAGAAUAUAAUAUUGU